AUGGCCGCCAACUGCAGGAAAUCGGAUACACGGCCAAAAGCUACCCAGGACUCAGAAUUUCAUGCAGGCCACCAGGUUCCACAAAAUAAAAUCUCUAAAUUCCUAUCAUCCGUUCAUAAUCACACACUGGUCCACGCUGAGAGGCUCUUGAAUCUCGAACAUGGAGAAUCUGCUAAUCCAAAUAAGGCUGAAGGCCCCCGAUUGCCAUCUAAACGGGCUCCCAAACAUGCUUAUGAUGCGCUAGAUUCCGCCAACCCCACAUCAAGGCUCAAGCGACAGUUAUCUGAAUGUUCGAAAGCUAGGAGACCUCUAGAUGCAACGCCCCUUGGACGCACAGAAAGCUAUGAGGAAGCCAAGCUGAAUCUCCAGAGAUUAGCAUCCAGUCACUCGUCGAAUAAUUUCCAUCCAAGAGCUUUCACCUCCAAAAGGGCCACAGCUUCUUUACCUUGUGUGACCCACCUGGUCCCGAGAAGCAUCUUAACUGAAAGCCUUCCGCAGAAACCAGCUGAGAAUUAUUUGUUCAAAGCUCUCCCAAGGCCACCAACUGAGGGACAAGUUAUCCAAUCAGGUUGGACAACUGACUUGGGCCGGUCAUCGUCGGCCCCUACACGAGUACGAUUCGCCGACCCUAUGGUCCAUUACAGCCCCACUCCGUCCGCGCCUGAAUCUUGCCAGUUUUCUCCACUUGAGCCCUUCAAGCAUACUCCCACAAGGCAGAAAACCGAGCCCACAGUCCCUAAAAGCUGCAUCAAGUCCACGGGCAAACCUCACUUUGCGCGAGGAAACCACUCUCAUUCCGCGGUGUAUACCCAUAGCUUGCCGCCCUUAAUGCUUUGCGAUUCCCCACUACAAGAAGAAUUCUGCGCAAGCAUCAGUUUUAUGGCUGAUUUGAUUUUUCCCAAGGAACUUGAUCACCAAGAUGGCAACGAACCUUCGGGAGGUGGCGGGGCUGGCCGCGCCGAACGCACGAGUUUGAACGCCGGUCCAUCGUCCAUCAGUAGCAACGUUGGGAAAGAAGUUCACUCAAGAUCUACUAUUGGCCAUAAACUUGAUCUCAGUAAACCCAGGGAAUUGCAGGAAAGCAGCAGAAAGAAACCAAGUGACCCAGCUCGUAGCGCAUUGCCUGUCCCCACAGCAUUGUCUAAAUCACCACCCGCGCCUUCCACAUCCUCAAUCCAAGACUCUCAUUCUCAUCAACCAAAGCAAGAGAAGCUGCUGAGUGUACCACCCCGUCAACUGGAGAAGGACUGCAGCCAAUACGCAAACGACUAUCGUGAAAAAACAACCCCGAAAUUCUCCAUGUCACCCAAAAUCAAAAGAGUCGAGGUGACCACGAAUCUACAAGGUACGGCUGUCCAACUCCAACAGGGAAAGAAAAUCGGGAAGGUAGUAACGGGAGAAAGCUCGCGUCACCAGGGGUCAAAGGGCUUGGUGCCGAAUUCACCGAGCCAGCCACCAGGAAAUCGAAAGUUGGACGCCAUCGCCGACUUGCCAAGCCCGAUUGUUGAUGAUGAACACCGGUCGGCAGUGAUGCUUCAAGUUCAGGUAGAGGAAACCACAAACUUAGGCAAGAGAUCUUUCAGAGAAAGGACAGACAGGAGCCCGACCGUUUCGCCUCGGCUAGCUUCACCUUUAACGUUGCCGCCCCGAGAAUCGAGAAAGGAGUCGAUUAUCUGUUCUGAUUCACCGCCUCACCAAGGCCAUUCGUCACCCAAACGUUUGAAGGUUCUUCGAAGUCGUCGAUCCAGCUCGGCAAAGAUCAGUCCUCGUCUCGACUCCAAGGUUCUAAUCUUGGAGACUGAAGUAUCUCCAGAAGAUACAAACGCAGAGGCUCAACUCUCAAGCUCACCCUCCAUAUCCUCUGAAGCUCCAAGUACCUCUAGUCGCAUCGAAUUUUCACCCGUACCUUCCCCGCAAGCUCAAGUUGCGACAACACUAGAUUCAUGGAAUGAUCAUGCUCUGGAUGAUUUUGAUGAUGCUUGCAAUCAGAAUCACCAACCGGAAGCAAGAAGCCCAUGUGCGAUAGACGGUCGCGAUGAGCCGAGUCCAUGUAAAACUCCAUUCCAAUGCGUAAUUGUCUCCGAACCCGAAGUGUUACUUCCAAGAGCUUUAGGAGACUUUAACUGUGAAGCCAAGACUCCCCUCGAAAUUGAAUCUGUAAGAUUUCUCGACCGGCCAAAUAAUCAAUCAGAACCUGAGCCGGUUCCUCGCGAGUUAUUGGGAAUUUUUGGCGAGGAAAAAGAAGAUCGGGUAGUGGAGAGGCCUGAAGAAACGGAGACCCCAGGGACAAGACGAGAACAAGAUAUUAUCGAAGCCGGUACCGAUCAAUCGAAAGCCUCCGCCACGAUCAGACCUCAAUGUUUCUGCAAAUGCUCCAAAAGAUGGGAAAAUUGGAAUUUAUAUCUAAGGGAUAAGGAGGAGGAGCCAAUGAAGUGCUACUCGCAAAGCUCGGCCUCUAGUGCCGGCCGGUCUUCGAUUUCAAUUCAUACUGAUAACUCGUUCCUGUGGGACUCAGCUCCCCAGAUUGCUAUUAUCAAGCCAGAUGAUUGUCUUUUUUCCGAACUGAAAUCCCCGCCGAUUUAUUCCGAAGGGCUGAGAUAUUCAGCAAUUGUGACGGCCGAGGACGCUGAUGGUCAAUACGUCGGGAAAACAAUAGGGAUUGAAAAUGAACGGAAAUUCAGGUUGGAUGUCGAGGACCCUCAUGAAGCAGCCCAAGUUGCACGCUAUGACAAUCUGCCCUCUGAAGAUCAAAACCAAGUGCAUAUAUCCAGUCAGGAGCUCCGGGACGGCCAGCCUCAGGACCAAUCAACUAGUUCGAAUUUGACUACAAUAAUUGUGAAACCGCCAGUUGUGAAGAAGCGUUCCUUGGCAUACCAACGAAUAGAAACGCACGAUAUACCAAAAACACCAAGCAUACACCGACGCAGGCGUGACAAUCAUACAGGUACAGCCAGCGGGAAGGGAUCUGACGCUCGAACUCGUUUGUCCUCUCCGGAAAUCUCGAGCUCAUUGGCAUUGAAGGCAGCCAAAACCACGUCCGUAUCUCCAACCAGUCCAUUUGAACUGAUCAAAGGAGACCGCACUAUUGUAACGAAGUUCGAGCUCUCAAUUUUGAGGUUUCCUCAGAUCCUAUAUCGCAUACUCGUUCAAUUGGAUUAUCAGGACUUUUUCAGGCUCAAUCAAGUUUCCCGUGUCUUGAGAAUGGGCUUCGGUCGUGAAGAAGUAAAAGAGACGGUCCUCAAAGUCUUCCUGAGUGAUCUCGGAUACUGCGAUUCUCUACCACCCGACUUCCAAACCUAUAUUAUUCGCCGCCGAUUUCGAAGCCCAAGUCCGAUGGCUGAGCUGAAUAGGGAAGAUCUUGCUCCAGGAGCUAAGUCCCUGUCAAAACCUUCGUUACGUACCGAUAUAAAUUCCACCAACUUGGCAGGGGGAGCCAUGUCUGAAUUGUUACCAAGAAAGAGAAAGAUGGACUCCUCAAACCCGCUUGAUAUCGAUCUAAAAGAGCUUCACGCUUUUCAUUAUUUUCGACAGCCGGGACAGAAGGGCUUUUUUGACUUGGCUAAUCAACCUACCAGCCAUCGACUGCUGAACAAUCUAUCGAUCACUCAAGCCUACUGCAGUCUUCACAAUAAACUUGUAAUUCGAGCUCGAUUACAAUUCGAAGAUUCAUCCAACUCAGUUCACCAAUUCCGUGACAGGGGAUUUCAUUCCGAAAUUUUCUCCCCCGGCAGAGUAGUCGUGUUUCGAUUGUGGAUGCCAAGUGUAAAGAAGUCUAUGUCGAAGGCCGACUUGCUGAAAUGCGAGGUUGAAAUGUUGAGGUCGGGACUUAAUCCUUUCGUUAGAAAAGGCGAUAUAUUUUGGAAUGCCGCUUUGGGCAGUUCUGACAAUGUCGGUCGACUCAUUUACGAUGGUCAGCAUCUCCAGGAGCUACAAGAUUUGUGGGACCCAGUUGGACAUCUUCCAGACUGGCUCAACAUGUUUCUUUUUCCUCCAUCAUUUUAUCACCAUACGAUCAAGUCCUCAAAUUUGAAUCCAAUAUUUUACCUCGACUUGACCGACUUCAAGGAACAACUGAUCAGCAGCUUGAGCUUAGUUGAAUCUCACGAAUCUCUUGAGACCUCCCAGGAUCCAAGCCAGCAGGGAAUGCUCAAUUACCUUGGUUUGGUCGAAAUCCGAGCUGGAAUGAAGACAGGCGUGAUAGAAGGAAUCGAAUGUUUUCGAGAUACUAGUGACAGCUACAUGCUGCAAGAAUUUAUCCAUCCCGAUUGGGUUGGCAAGUUAAUGAUUGAGAUCCAAGUCAGUUCGAUAGAAAGACUUCAACAGCUCUUCUCCAAGUUUGAUAAGGCCAAGCUCGAAGAUUUGCUGAACAUGGGCGUUGAUCAGUCCUGCUCUUCUAAUCAAACUCGCGAUCGAGCGCUUUCUCAUUUGAAAUCCGCCCAACUCUCUCCAUGGAGAAUCAUUCGCCAAAAAAGCUCUCCAGGUAUGGUCUGGAUCAGAAGGGACUCGGAGAAGACUUUCGGUUUUGAAAAUUCGGCGUCGUACUCGCCGUCGGUCAUAUUCAAACGACCUUCGGCCCCGUUGCUUCACUCAGGCGUGAUCAGCGGCAGGUGA